GAGUCAGUACUUGAAUUGGAUGAUUUAUUGGUAUCUAAAGACAUGUCUCAAAAGCAUAUUGAAAAUAAGUAUAGCAAUACAAAAAUCCUUUCACCAACUCCUGCUGAUCAACAUCUAUACUGUUUUGAAUACAAUAUUUCAGUUAAAGCUAAAAAAGAAAAAAAAGAUACUAAAUUGCAAAAUAAUUAG